AUGUCCGACUCAGAAGCCAGAGGCGAACCCCUCCUCGAGUCCCUCUCGGACUCCUCCACCUCACAGCGCAACCCAACCCAAAAGCGCAAACGGAAGCAGGGCGGCAGCGAGCCGCAACCAAAGGACGCCGCCGCCGCCAAACCCUCCGCCAAAAGGCGCAAACUCAAGAAACCAAAGGACAUCGACGACGCGGCGCUGGAUGCAGAGCUGGGCGUGAAUCUGGCCGUCGCGCGCAUGGAUGGCGGGCUGCUGGCCGACCAUCUUGCGCAGCGCACGCGCCGCUUCCGGCCGGAGCUGAGUUUGGUGGAAAUGGAGGAUUUGCAUCUUCCUGAAAAAGCAAUCCACGACACAACCGCCUACUCUUCGUCCCCGCGGACCAUCGACCACCUCCCGGACUUCCUCGAGCACUUCGCCGGCUCCAAGAAGCGGAAGCAAGGGCUCCGCACCGCGCCGGCGGAAAAUGGGCAUCCGCACACGCUCGUGAUAGCGGGCGCGGGGCUGCGCGCGGCAGAGCUCGCUCGAGCGCUGCGCAAGUUCCAGUCCAAGGAUGCGCUGGUGGCGAAGCUGUUUGCGAAGCAUAUCAAGCUUCAGGAAGCGGUGGAGAGGACGCGGAGCUGUCGGAUUGGGAUUGGGGUUGGGACGCCGCAGCGGGUGAUUGAUUUGUUGGAGGAUGGCGCUUUGUCUGCAGUGAGUCUGGAGAGGAUUGUGAUUGAUGCGUCGCAUAUCGAUCUGAAGAAGCGCGGCAUGCUGGACAUGAAGGAGACGCUGGUCCCGCUGAUUUCGCUACUGACUCGGCCGGAGUUGAAGGCGAGGUAUAGCGGGAGAAGUGGCAGAAUCGAUCUGUUGUUCUUUUGA